AUGGGAGAUUUUAAUGUUCACCAUUAUGCGUGGGGUUGCUCAUAUAGUGAUAGAUAUGGUAAUGAACUAUUGGAAUCAAUUGAAGAAAACAAUUUAUAUUUAGUGAACAAUGGAAGUCCGACUCUGGUAUUCAAAAAUACAAAAACGGUGGUUGAUAUAACUUUAUGUUCAUCAGAAAUAAUAAAUAAGAUAAAGUGGGAAGUGCAAAAGGAGUCACUAGGAUCUGAUCAUUUUCCAAUCCAUGUUGAACUUAAUGUGAAAAAUGACAAAUAUAUAAAUACAUCAGUAAGAAAAUGGAAUUGUAAACGAGCAGACUGGGAUAAAUAUAAAUCCGUUAUAGAAGAAAAAUGCGAAAUAAUAGAUAAUUCUACAACAGAAGUUAGUUAUAGUGAAUUAUUAGAUUGGAUUGAUAGUGCAGCUAACAGCAGUAUACAAAUUAAUAAGGUGAGGAAUAAAACCAGAAGACCAAUGUGGAAAGUUUUCAAAAUGGUAAGAUCUAUGCUAAAUAUGGGUGAAUCGGGAAAUGUAUCAAAAUGUAGUGAUGAUGUAUUAGAUGUUCUAGUAGACAAAAUAGCACCACCAGGAGUUAGUUACAAUAUUGAUGAAGAUUUAAAUGGGUAUGCGGAAAUGGAAAAUGAUUUAUUAAGUAAACCGUUUACAAAAUGGGAACUAGAAAAAACCUGGAAUAAAAGAACGGAUACAGCGCCUGGAUUGAAUAAUAUUCAAUAUUCAAUGUUAAGAAACCUUCCAGAGAAAGGUAAACAAAUAUUACUAAAGAUAAUUAAUAAAUAUUGGAAGAGGCCUGAAUUAAUUGAUGACUGGCAUAUUAAUAAAGUGAUUUUGUUAAGAAAACCAAAUAUAAAUAGAAAUGAAAUAGAUGCCUAUAGACCAAUAACUUUAAGCUCGUGCAUAGCCAAGAUAAAAGAUAGAUUGAUAAAGAGGAGGCUAGAAUGGUGGUUGGAACAUAAUAAAAUAUUCCCAAGAACUCAAUUUGGUUUCAGAAGAAAACAUAGUACAAUGGAUAAUUUAAGUAUAUUUAUUAGUGACAUAAAUUUGGCAUUUUCUAAAAAUACAUAUGUUGUAGCACUAUUUAGUGAUAUAAAGGGAGCUUAUGACAAUGUAAUACCUAAUAUUUUAAUGGAUAAAUUAUUAAAAAAAAUAGUUUUAGAGAUGAAUGAUAGAAAAUAUGAAAGAUACUUAUACAAAGGACUUCCGCAAGGGGGUAUACUGAGUCCUUUAUUAUAUGCUUUAUAUGCUUAUGACUUAGAAAAAAUUUGGGUACCUGGAACAAAGAUCUUACAAUAUGCUGAUGAUGUUGUGAUUUAUGUAGAAAGGAAAACAUUAAAAGAUGCUUUGGAGAUUAUGACAAACAAUAUUGAUUUAUACAAUUUAUGGUUGAGCAAAAAUGGUUUAACAUUAUCAGAAGAAAAAAGUACGAUUGAACUAAUAGCUAUUCGUGAAGCUGUUAGAAUAGCUAAAAUGAAUAAGUAUAAAAAAACUAUGAUUUUAACAGAUAGUUUAAGUUGUGUAAAUAAAUUAGAGAAGUUCAUGAAUACAAUAGAAUUUGAAGAAAAAAUAUAUUUUGAAAUAUUGAAUGAUAUAGAGAUAAUUACAGGGAUUGGAAAUAACAUAAAUAUUGGAUGGGUACAAGGUCAUAUAGGUGUGGAAGGAAACGAAAAGGCUGAUGAACUGGCAAAAAUAGCAAGUGAGAGAUGGAAAGAAGUAUGGAGAGAAACAUCGCAAAGAAAAGGAAGGCAUUACAAAUUAUAUAAUGACUGUUUAUCGUUUAAACCAUGGUUUGAAGAGUUUAAAAAUGAAGAAAGAAGUUUUAUUGUCACCAUCAGUAGGAUAAGAACCAAACACGGAAGCUAUGCAAAACACUUGCAUAGAAUAAAAGUGAUAAAUUCAGAUAUAUGUAAAUGUGGAGAGGAAGAAGGUACUCUGGAACAUAUAAUUCUGGAAUGUCAAAAUGUGAAAAAUAGUGAUGAAAUUACUGGAACUGAAUUUGGAUUAACAAACAUUGCAUGA